CCUCCUCGAGCCCCAUCGGGCCUGGGCCGGAAACAGGGCGAAGCUCGGCCGGAGGAGGCUCCCAUCCCCGCCCAGGUCGGGAGGAGAGGCGGGGAGGCCGCCUCCGGGAACGAAGAGCGGAGGCCGCGGGCGAGAUCCGAGACCAGCAGACAUUGGCUCAGAGACCCAGGCUGGUCCAGGGAUCACUGAGACCAUGGCUGCUCUCCUGAGGAGCCUGCUUGCUGCAUCAGAGAAGGCAGCCCACAUUGCCCAGCUCUGUCGCCAGGAGGAGGCCCUCUUCAGCUUGCUCAUUGAGGAGAAGCGAGGGGCAGAAAAGAACAAGAAGUUCCUGCAAGACUUCAAGACGCUGGCAGAUGUGUUGAUCCAAGAGGUCAUCAAACAUGAUGUGGGAAAGGAGUUUCCAGAACUAGAAAAUCAUAUUCUUGGUGAAGAGUCCAACAAAUUUGAAAAUGGUCUUGGGGAGACUGUGGUGGUCCAGGUUUGCCCCACCCAACAGGACACGGCUGCCUUGCUGCAAAAAAUCCUGGAUCGGAACCAGACAGCUGCUGACCUGUUAGCUGCUGCCAUUCACCAAGAGGUGGUGCUUUCAGACCCAGCUGUGGAUGAGGUGACUGUGUCAAUCCCCACAGAAAACCUGGCAGUGUGGAUUGACCCCAUCGAUUCUACCAAUCAGUACAUCCGUGGGCGGGGCCAUGUGAUGCCUGUGGAUGGCAUCUAUCCAUCUGGGCUUCGCUCAGCAUUGGUGCUUAUUGGGGUGUAUGAUCGUCACUCAGGAGAACCUGUCCUAGGUAUCAUCAAUGAGCCCUUCUUCCAGGAGGACCCUCAAACACACAGGUGGCAGAGCAAAUAUCACUGGGGCAUCUCCUACAAAGGCACCAACCUGAGCUCGCUCAGCCAGCCCAUGCUGCGGCCUACCCCGCGUGUGGUGCUAAGCAGCAAUGAGAAACCAGCCCUGCAAAAGGCUCUGGCCCCUCUCUAUGGGGAGCAGCUCUACUUUGCCUCUGGGGCUGGGUACAAGAUGCUGUGUGUGGCCCUGGGCCUUGCAGAUGCCUAUGUGCUCUCGGAGGGGAGCACUUUCAAAUGGGACUCCUGUGGCCCUCAUGCGAUCUUGCGGGCCCUGGGAGGGGGCAUGGUGGAUCUUUUGCUGUCAUUGCAGGCAUGGCAGGAUGGGCAACGCAAUCAGCUCCCCGGACUGACCUACAACAAGCCAGUGGAGGGCUCUGUGGGUGCCGAGCGCUGGGCCAAUCAAGGAGGUCUGGUGGCCUACAUCUCGCAAGAGCACCUGGAGGCUGUGAUGGCCACUUUGGUGGCAGCCAAGGAUACCUUCUGAAGUGCCUUCUCCAAGUGGGCAAGACCCCUCAUCUUCACAUUAGGGGAGGAAGUUAAUCACCAGGCAAGGAACUGUAUGACAUCUUUAGUGUUUAUGGGAGCAAUCUAUUCCGUUUAUGGGUGGAGGCAAUAUGGUACAAUGGAGUAGCACUUGGUAUGGACAUUGCACAUAUCUGUGCCAUUUGCCCUUUCCAUUCCAUUUGUUUCAGUCCUAGACCCUUAACAGUGUGAUGCUUGACCAGUUUCAUCUUGUGGGAUCACACAGAUGAAACUUUUGUGGUGCUUUUGCCACCUGUAUUGUUGUACACAGUAACUGGAAUAGGAUUCUUUGGAAGAUGGUGGUGGUGGGGUGGUGGUGGUUAUAAAUAGAUAAUUCUUCUUUGUGUAAGAAACAAAGUCAAGAUGCCCUUCAAGUCCCUUCCAACUCUGUAGGGAGAGUCUAUACCAGCUCUAAUUAGCUGAUUUUAGACUUCCCUUCUA